UUUAGAUUAGAAAAUACAGACAUGGAGCAUUAUACAUCCGUAAUAAUUAUUUUGAAUGAAAAUGAUGAGACCAAGUGAUUGGAAUCAACAAUUGUAUAAGAUUGAAUAGUUUGGACGUGUCUCAUACUGCAAGGAGGAGACGAACAUACCAUGUUGUGGUAUAUUUUCCUUGUACUCUAUGCUACUUGUAGUAUCGAGACAGCCAAUGGAGAUUUCGUUACACCAUGUAAUUCAGGAGAGCCAAGAAAUUGUGCUUGCAGCCUUGCAGACGCCUCGUUACCAUGGGAACCGGUUAGUGACGCCUGUUUCAAGGGAUGUCUGCAUAAUAUUGACUAUAAUGAAAUAACAUGGCAAGAAGCUAUGGAAUUUUGCAGAAGUAAAGGCGGUGAGCUGGUAAGAUGGAAUAGUCAACAAUGUUACGAUGACAUUGAAGGAUGGCUAAACUGUCAAAAUUACAACGACAGUAAGAGAUUCUGGAGCUCAGGUGGAGCUGACAUUGAACUGGACCAAAUAGGAAAUGCCAAAACAAAUAAAAAAAAUUGGGCUGCUAUCAUUGAUGGUCAGGUUAAAUACUAUGGUGCUGACCCUACUAUGGGAGACGUCAGUGUCAUCACUGUGGAGUCUGGAGAAGAUAAGAUCAUCCUACAUCAUAAAAGCAAUGGUGUCCUUGUCCCAGAGAAUCAGCCACCACAGUCAAACAAGAUGUAUAUCUGUCAGACUUUUUGUGAUUCAGAAAGAGAUGUUGGUCCACCCCCUCCUCUGCCACCGCCCCCUGGUGGCGUAGCUGGAGAUGACCCAUUGCCACCCUCUGAUUAUCCAGUUGAUUGUUCCCUCAAUGUUUUACCUAAUCCCAUAUGUGGUAAUAUCUAUACGUAUUGCUAUGAUCAAAACUGUCAUCUUUGUGAUAAACAUACAAACGCUGGGUGUGCCGACCCCCUCAAACCUAUGUGUACCCUACAGAACGAUGGGGACUUUGCGGGGCAGUACCUUUGUUCUUCAGGACCUGUCCUAGAAUGUCCCGUUGCACCUGCUACUUGCACUUGUAAUAUGGUCUCCCUGACCACAGGACUCAACUGGGAUCCUAUAAGUGACUUCUGCUUUGAAGGAUGUAUGAUGAAGAUUGAAAGUACUCACGCAACAUGGGACGAAGCAUUUGAUAGCUGCUUGACAAUGGGGGGUAAUCUCGUUAGAUGGAACAGCCAGGAGUGUUUCCAUGACAUUCAAAGUUGGCUGAGGUGUCAAGGGUACAAUGACAGCAGGCGGUUCUGGAGUGCUGGUGGCUUCAAUAUGACAUUGGACAGUGAAGGAAAUUUCCAAGCUAAAGACAAAUACUGGAAGGCGAUGAUCAAACAGAAUGUAGGCUUCUAUAAAACACUUUCCAUGGGAAACGUAGUGCUCGAGGUACAUAACGCGACAGCUGACAAGGUGGUGUUGCAUUUCAAGGGCAAUCAGAAUCUUCACAUAGCCAACCAACCCCCGAAUGCCAAUCUCAUGUAUAUCUGUAUGGCCCCGUGUGACCCAGUUGGCCCCCCACCUCCACCACCGCCCCCACCCCCAGGCGGUGGUGGCAAUGACCCUCCACAGCUACCUCCAGUUGACUGUAGUAUCAUUCCGAAUUGUCCAACCCAUGCCCCAUAUUGCUAUGAGGGUACCUGUCAUGUAUGCAACGUCACGAAUCAUGAUGGAUGUAAUGACCCUAACAAACCAUUCUGCAAAUUGAAUGAAACCACCAACUGGUUGAUGUGUGGGGAUCCACAUUUUGUUGAGAGUAUUACUGGAAGUGACAUACCCGUCUGCUAUACGUUGUUUGGAAGAGCUGGACGUCAUUACAAGCUCUUAGAAUAUGAAACCACAAUUAUCACUGGGAUUUUCGCCGACUCCAAAGAUCUAAAUUUUGCACAUUUUCUUGGUGCCCUUACAAUAACAGCAGGUGGCAAUACAAUACAUUUUACUGGUCUCCAUAUCAAGAUCAAUGGAGUGAGGCACGAAUGGGGUGCAGCGCCAUCUGUGGCUUUAGAACAGGGAAACGCUGAUGUUAUCUUUAACAAUAACCGCCAGGUGACAUUCAUUUCUGCUACUUCUGGAAUAGAAGUAGGCGUAUCACGACGUGGAAGCAGAAUGGGUUCAAAUUCAAGACUUGAUUUAAAAUUUACCAUUCCUAAAGCUCUAUCAGGAGCUAAGGGAAUUAUGGGUGAUAUGAAAAGUGGUACAGUUACGACUGAAGACAAUCAGAUGGGAACGCUGACUGUUAACGGUGCAGUCGCAGAUGUGCAUAUCGGUUAUGUUAAGUUUGGGCCACCUGGAAUAAAAUGUUGGGAGUUAGAUGGCUUCAAAUCUGAUAUCCAUCUCAAACUUCUAGCUGAUAAUCUGCACCACAACGUGAUAUAAGGAUGGGGACUGUAUUGAUUUUUGGUGGUGUGUAAAAAAGACCGACGACUACAUUAACAGUUCAAUUGCACAUUCUGUAUAUGAUGCACCAGUUUUUGACCAAAAGUAUUACAUAUAUUUCUGUUAAGAAGUUGCUCCAGUGCAGUGGAUAAUAGCAGGCCUCGAAAAUAUUGCACAUAUACAUUGAGGCCCCUCAAAAGACCCUGCAGAACAGUUCUAAUGUAAUGAAGACCAUAUUCCUAGAAUGUUACAAUUACAUGAUGAUCUUUAAAAUGAAAUGGAUUAAAUUUUUCUUUUGCCUUGUUCCAAAGAUAUUGGCGUUUGAGUUUUGGAAAAUCUCCAUUGGUUACCGUUAUAAUCUGUUAUCAACGAUAUGGCUUUAUUAGUGUCAUUUUCUUAAAAAUACCACUCUGAAAUUUUCUAAUAUAAUGAUACUUUGGUCAAAAAUGGUGAUUUACAUAUAGUAUGUGCAAUUCUAGUGUUGUAUUGUCGUAACUGUGUAUAUAUGCAACAUGAUAUUUUAUGGAAUUUUCCAAGUGGUCGUAUAUGACAACAUGGUUGUAUAUGACAUCCAUAUUCAGGGGGCUUAGUAACUUUAUAUGUUUUAACAACUUGUUCUAUAUUUUAUUAUAUUACACAAUUAUUCUAUGUACUAAGAUAUUAACAAGCAUGAAAUAAAUGUUUCCAAUACGAUAAUUAAAAA